UGGGUUAAGAAAGACUUCGUUAUAAUCCUACACUUACUUACCCGCGAGUCCCAUUUAGCCGAAAGUGGCUUACUGCAGAAUAGGAUUGUACUGUCAGGCUGUGGUGCUUGUAGUUUAAUAUUAUAUCCAUGUUUAUCCAGAAAGAUCUUGCUAUGAGUAACCCAAAGAUAAAGAAGAGCAAUGUGCUAGAGGUCAGGUUUGUGGCAGAUGAAGAUGUUCUGAAGCACAUUUCUGAGAAUACAGGUUCUAAGGUUCGGAAAAACAAAGCUCCAGAUACACUUGAUCUAAAAAGAUGGGUGAAAAAAGUAGAAAGCAGCUCAGAGGAUGAAGCCCAGGAUAUUCUUGAAGAGCAAGAUUAUGUGUCAGUCCUAGGCACAGAUGUUCAAGGGUCCUUGAGAAAUGGGUCCAGUACAGGUGGUGGUGAUGUCUUCUCAUUUCAAACUCCAAAACGCUCUAACAAGAUGGCAGAGAAGGCCUGUGAGCUAGCUUACCAGCCAGGAAAGAAUGUAAACCAUGACAGACUGAAGAAUCUUGAAAAGGAAGCAAGCACUCCUAAAAGUGGGAAGAAAUAUUGUAUGUCAAGCAAAGGCCAGGAAGAGAGUACAAAGAAAAAGUUUGUGUCAGAGACUCCUUACAGACUCAGAAAAAGAAUUACAGCUUUAAACAUGUGCUCUGAUAGUGAAAGCGAGUAUUCUGCUUCAUGCUCUGAAGAAGAGGGGAGUGACAGUUGCAGAGGAACCGCUGAUGAAGCUGUUCAUCCAGAGACACCCACUAGACCCCAAACAACUGCUCCAACUAGUAAAGAAACAUCAGUUAAGAAACUAAAGAGAGACAUUCCUAAAAAUUUGGUGGAAGAAUAUUUUGAAGCACAUAGCAGUUCCAAAAUCUUAACCUCUGAUCGAACACUUCAGAAGCUGCAGAAAAAAAAACUAGAUCAGGAGACCCUGCAAAACCUCUUGAAUAAAGUACCAGUUGCAUUUGCAGCUGAAUGUGAAAAGUUAAUCAAACAACAUGAAUCGCUCUUUUACAAAUGGAUGUUGCAAUUGCACUUGGGGUUUAACAUUGUGCUGUAUGGACUAGGCUCAAAGAAGGACCUCUUGGAGAAUUUUCGCAUUUCUCUUCUUCAGAAUUCUGUUCAUAUUGUUGUGAAUGGGUUCUUCCCCAGCAUCACUGUGAAAUCAAUACUGAAUUCCAUAACAGAGGAGGUGUUAGAUCACGUGGGUACUUUUCGCAGCCCCCAGGAUCAGUUGGAUUUCAUCAUGGAAAGAUAUAAAGAAGAUCCUUCCUUGGAGCUCUAUCUGCUUAUCCACAAUUUGGACAGCCAGAUGUUGAGAGGAGACAAAAGCCAGCUAAUCCUAGGACAACUGUCAUCCCUUCCCAAUAUCUACCUCAUUGCUUCUGUUGAUCAUAUUAAUGCACCACUCAUGUGGGAUCAGGCAAAACAAAGCAUGUAUAAUUGGCUAUGGUAUGAAACAACCACCUACAGCCCUUAUAUAGAAGAAACAUCCUAUGAGAAUUCCUUAUUGAUUCAGCGGUCUGGGUCUUUGGCUUUGAGUUCCCUCACACAUGUUCUGCACAGUCUCACUCCUAAUGCAAGGGGAAUUUUCAGGCUUUUGGUAGAGUAUCAAUUAGAGAAUAAGGAUAACCCCUCGUGGCCAGGGCUUUCCUUCCAAGAUUUCUAUCAACAAUGUCGAGAGGCCUUUCUGGUCAAUAGUGACCUGACACUUCGAGCUCAGCUCACAGAAUUCAGGGAUCACAAGCUCAUUCGGACCAAGAGGGGUGCUGAUGGAGUUGAAUAUUUAUUAAUUCCUGUGGAUAAUGGGACCUUGACUGACUUUUUACAAAAAAACAAUGAUGCUUGAUAGCUUUCAAACAUCAAAGGGCAACUGCUUCCAAGAGCUGCUGAAAUACCUCCUGCAAUGUAGCCUAUUUUCUGAUCUCAGGAGUCACAUUCGCCUGUAGUAAUGCUGUGUAUGCAAAGCCAAAGUGUUGUGUAAGCAAAGCCAACUUUUAGAUCAGUCUAGAUCUGCUCAGGUUUAACUUCGUAUGUUGUCUUCCUCCUGUCUGGUCCAUCACAAAGAGAAUUGAUAGUAAUGUGCCUUCUACUUAAGUCUUCUGGAAAUAGGGGCUUGCCUGGAGUAAUCUGUGCAUGAAAAAGUGACUGGUUGUCAGCGGUUUAAUUCUCUUCACCAAUGGUUGAAUUAAUUGAUCUUCUAAUGUGAGUAGUGCGAGAAUGAGCGAUUGAGACAGAAUUGCCUCAACCAGAGUAAAGCAAAAUAUAAAUAUCAGAGAUUUAAGAUAUGGUCAGUUUAUUAUAAUUUUAGCCUUAAUUGAGCACAGGAGGGCUUCCACCUUCACCCCCAGAAUAGAAGCCAUUGUGAAAAUUAAUUUAAACUGGCAAUAGUAUCACUAAAAGAAGUGGCUAAUUUUUAACACUGGCUAUCUUUAAGACAUCAGAAAUGAUGUAAUCUAUUUUUAAAGUCCUCUGAAUAAAAAUCACAUGUGGUUGUAUAAUA